AUGUAUGCGACAAUUGCUGCCACAGCUUUGCUAGUGGCCCUUGGGUCUGCUGGACCCCUCACGCCCCGAGAUAUCGGUCACGGUGCCGUCCUCAACCCACCACAGAACCCGGCAGAAUGGGCCUACCAGGGCUGCUGGGCUGGGGACAUCAUGAGCCUCGCCCACAAGGCCUCGUACGUUGACGAGGCCGGCAUGACACAGCAGACCUGCGCCAGCUUUUGCGGAGGCCAUGGCCUCACGGCGGCGGGCAUCCAUCAGGGCGGCGAGUGCCGCUGCUGGGACUUUAUGAGCGCCGCGCCGGAGCAUCUGAAGCAGCUGGAUGAGACCAAGUGUAACCUGCCGUGUGCGGGCGGGGAUGUUGACCAGGCCUGUGGUGCUUCUGGCGAGGACCAUACGGUGAUCCUUGUCCACGUUGAGGCCGUGGGCGAGUCUGAGACCCUCUGGGCCGAGAAGGGCCCCGAGUACUCAAAGGCCUUUGGUCUGGAUGUCGAGGGAUGUCCAAAGUGUCCGAGCUGUCGCCCAUGCCCAAAGCCCUACCCUUACCCACCGAGGCUUCCCACGCUCUAUCCGACAACAUGGCUCACUAGGACGACUACCUCCCUUUGGCUCGCGAAGCACACUUUCAAGCACAACUUCUACGACCUCAUCCACUGGAAGUACAAGCACUCAAUCGACGAGCACUGGCUCGCCGAGUACAUCGGCUACAUCAACAAGCACAAUCUCAACAACCACAUCAAGUACCAGUUCUGUUGUGACUUCAACAAGCUCAUCAACUACACAGACAAGUACAACAACAUCCUCAAGCACUUCAACUACGAGUACUACAUCGCCAAGCACAUCAACAAGCACACUGUCAACAACUACAUCAUCAACAAGUUCAUUGCCAUCAUCCUCAUCAACAGCAUCCUCGAGCACCACAUCCACAACACCCUCAAGCACAUCAACAAGCAUUACAUCACCAAGCACAUCGACGAGCACCCCAACAAGCACAUCAAGUUCAUCAUCCAGCUCAUCGUCCGGCUCAACAUCCAGCCCAUCUUCAAGUCUGUCAACUACCAGUCCAACAACCAGCUCAACUGCCAGCUCAACUGCCAGCUCAACUACCAGCCCAUCGACAACCAGCUCAGCAUCUAG